CGUAAUAUUUGAGUAUAGUAUAGAGUUAUGACACCCUCGGCUGGGUCCAAGCUCUCUCCUUUGUCUGUUAGAAAAAUAGCACAGAUCGACGUUCCCUCCAAGGCGCUGGGCACUUCCUUUGUGUAUUACCCCGCCUGUAAGCUAGAAGUUCCUCCUGUUUUAAAAGUUGAGUGUGUAGUUUGCUUGAUUAAUAAAUCGAUGGCGUCCAACACCAAAGCCUUCGAAGAUAGUAGCAAGCAUAAUAACACCGCAAGUUGCUCUUCCUCUUCCGAAUAUGGUUCUACUGACGAUCCUGCGGCCAGUGAUGCCACCGUUUCUGGGCACGAUCGUACGGACAGUACACCUUCAUUAGAUGUUAAUUUGAGACAGACAUUUGAGAAUAAUGACUGUACUAACUCUACACCCUUAAGGCAUCUUGGGAGUAUACCUCCAACAGAUGUUCAAUAUCAUGAUGUACGUCCUGUGAAUCUGCAAUUGAAAGGCGGUUCGACCACAAUUGUUACUUUGCGAAUAACCAAUGGUGAACGCGUCUAUGUAAACAAAACUCUUGGAUUCAGUAUAGAACCCAUA